UGGUUGAUAUUACAACAAUUUCUGGAUCAAGUACCCUCUUUAUCAGAGAUGCUGACCGUAGUCAUCAGCGGUGUUUAUAGUGUGGAGGCCAUAAAUCCUUCAGGAUCUAAAAGGGAAUCAGUGAAAGUUGAAGUCUUUGAUACACCUGGUGAACCAGUUGGACCAAUCACAUUUUCAGAUAUCUCUGAGGGCAAAGUAACACUUUCAUGGAAUCCACCUGAGAAUGAUGGUUGUUCUGAGGUCACUCAUUACAUUAUUGAGAAGCGGGAAACAUCUAAAAUUUCAUGGACACUUGUUACAGAUGAGUGCUUGGCGAGCACAUACACUGCCACCAAACUGAUCAAGACAAAUGAGUAUCAGUUUCGUGUUUCUGCAGUCAAUAGGUUUGGUGUUAGCAGACCACUGGAUUCAGCCCCUGUGAUUGCACAGAUGCAAUACACUGUUUCAGAUUCUCCUGGAACUCCAGAUGCAACAGAUGUUGACGGAGAAAGUAUCACAAUAAACUGGGCUCCACCAACACAUGACGGUGGAAACCCAGUAAAAUAUUACAUUGUGGAAAGACGUGAAAAGAAGACUGGUCGCUGGCUGAAAGUCCUAACAAGGAAACCCAUUGUUGAGGCUGCACACAGAGUGACUCAUCUCACUGAGAAUGUGGAGUAUGAAUUCCGUGUGUAUGCUGUAAAUGAUGCUGGAAUUGGAGCACCAAGCAACAUUUCAAUGCCAAUUAAAUGUGCGGAGCCAACUGAAGUACCUGAUGCCCCAUCUAUUGUCAAUGUGAACGACACUACCAAUACAUCUGUCAGCCUGGAAUGGACCAGACCUGCCUAUGAUGGUGGUAUGGAAAUCCAUGGCUACAUUAUUGAGAUGUGCAAGGGAUCUGAAAUAGAAUGGCACAGAGUCAAUGAGGAUCUCUGUGGGGUCACAAAGUACAAUGUCACUGGAUUGGAAACUGGUGCAGAGUACAAGUUCCGUAUUUGUGCAGUAAAUUCUGUUGGAAAGGGCAGAAGCCAAAGAAAUUCCUGA